UUGGCGCCAAUGGCGAUCGACAGCGGGAACCCUGAUUUUAUAUAUUUAUUUGAAUAUAUUGGGCUCCUAAAAAAAAUAUAUAAAAAAUACUAUCCUGGGAAGGACCACAGGUAGAUGAUGUAAAGUCUACAAAGAAUUAAUGAGGAAGCAGUAAGACAGUGAGGUUAAGGUGUUCAAUUGAUGCGUGCAACACAAAUACUUAGACAAAGAAUAACCAUGUCUACCCUGGAGGAAUGCAAGCAGAUUUGGCGCAAGGCGGAUACAGUGUGCUUUGAUGUCGACUCGACACUUCUUAAGGAUGAGGGUUUAGACGAGCUGGCAGAAUUCUGCGGUGUGGGAGCCCAGGUCAGGGAAUGGACAAACAAGGCUAUGGGAGGCUCGAUGAGGUUUCGUACUGCGCUGGAAAGCCGUCUGCAGAUUAUCAAGCCCACACAUCAGCAGCUAACUCAGUUCAUAAUGCAGCAUCCAAUACACUUCUCUGAGGGGGUCAAGGAUCUAGUGGCGCUGUUGCAGUCUCAUGGGACAAAGAUAUACUUGGUGUCCGGGGGAUUUCGAACCCUGAUUGAACCGGCUGCACAACUACUCAACAUUCCCAGGGAAAACAUCUUUGCUAAUCGAUUAAAAUUCUUUUACAAUGGUGAAUAUGCAGGAUUUGACACUGACCAGCCGACAAGUGACUCUGGCGGUAAACAGCUGGUUGCUAAGCAAUUGAAAGAACACAGCAGCAACCUAGUCUUCAUCGGAGAUGGAAUGACAGACAUGGAGGCGUGUCCACCAGCUGAUUGUUUCAUAGGCUACGGUGGCAAUGUGGUACGAGAAGCAGUGCUAAAAAAGGCAGCAUGGUUUGUGACUGAUUUCAAAGAACUUAUAUCCGAACUUCAGGAGACCAGCUGAUAUUGAACACUUCUAGGAACCAAUCUAUACUGAAAUGAGUUUAUGUAUCUCUCAGGAUAUUGACAUGUGUUCAUUAAAGCUUCAAAAUAUA